AUGAGUUUGUCGUUGGUUGCUUAUGACGAUUCAGACUCUGAGGCAGAAGUGGAAAAGACUGAGGCUCCCGGUACAUGUGGUAGAGGAAAAAGCCUUCUGAGUUCUGUAAAUCAUGUUCAGAGUUUUGCACCGGGUACUUUGGGCACAAAAACAGUGUAUGAAAUGCAAUGUACUGAGAAUGCUGACAGUUCUGGCCUGGGCACUGUUUGUGAAGAUCCCCCUGAGCACUAUUCCCAGAAUAACAACGCUUAUUUGACAUCUCCUUAUUGUAGGAGAGCUUGCCCUAGCCACACUGCGCUAUGCAUGACCUACAGAAACUAUGAACAAGCAUCAGGCUCUGCAGUAAACUCUGGCAUUUCUUCUCAGAAGCGAAUACAUAAAGACAGUGUUACUUCUCUAAAGGGAGUUAGACCAUAUAUCCCUAAAAGGCUGCGUCAAGAAAAUUCUAGUGUGUGCAAAGCAAAAGAAUCUAAUCAGGGAGAAAACUCAAACUGUGAUGUUAAAUUAGGUAUAACAGGAGAGCAGACUGUGACAAAGGUCUCUGAAUUAAUUAAGCCCUACUUGGGAUCCAAAUACAGAUUAACUGAAGUCCCCCAAAAUUUAGUAUUUCACAUCUCUAAGCACAGCGGUCCUGUUAAUGAAAUCCAAUGGUGUCCUGUACAAGAACGGAGUCACAUGCUUCUCUCAGCUUCUAUGGAUAAAACAAUCAAGGUGUGGGAUGCUGUGGAUGCAGGCUGCUGUUUAAAAACAUAUUCCUGUCAUUACUGUGCUGUUCGAGCUGCCCAGUGGUCGUCUUGUGGAAGAAGAAUUCUUAGUGGGGGCUUUGAUUCCAUGCUUCAUUUGACAGAUGUUGAAACAGGCAAGCAGAUAUUUAGCAGCCAAAAUGAAUUUAGAAUCACCACCCUGAAGUUCUACCCUACAGAUUCAAAUAUUUUCAUUUGUGGAGGGUUCAGCCCGGAAGUUAAAGCUUGGGAUAUAAGGAAUUGCAAGGUGAUAAGAGUAUACAAAGCUGCAGUGCAGCAGACUCUGGACAUAUUGUUUCUUCCUGAAGGAAAAGAAUUUCUUACGAGCACGGAUGCAGUAAGCCGGGACUCAGCUGAUCGCACCAUUAUUGCUUGGGACUUCCAAAGUGCUGCGAAAAUCUCCAACCAGAUUUUUCAUGAACGUUACACUUGUCCAAGUCUGACUGUGCACCCAAGAGAGUCUGUAUUUGCUGCUCAGACAAAUGGAAACUACGUGGCACUCUUUUCUUCCCAGCGACCUUACCGAAUCAACAAAAAGAAAAGAUAUGAAGGACAUAAGGUGGAAGGAUUUGCAGUGGGCUGUGAGUUUUCUCCAGACGGAACACUUGUGGUGACAGGAAGUUCAGAUGGCAAAGUGUUUUUCUACAACUAUCACACUGCUAGGGUUGUUCGCACUUUGUCUGCACAUAGGGAGGCCUGCGUGAGUGCAACAUUUCACCCCGUCUUGCCAUCGCUCCUUGCAACAUGUGACUGGGCUGGAGAAAUCAAGAUCUGGCAAUAAGAAGCCAUACUUACUGUUCAGGAUGUCUCCUGUGAGCCUAUCAAAGGCAUAGGGACUGAUGUUUCAGAAUGGAGAAAUCAAGGUAUGCAAUGUGAAUUUUAGUUAUAGGUAGAAGUG